AUGUCCGAUGCGCAACCUCUCGCCGGUGGCGAAAGCGCUCCUCCACCCCAAUCACCAAGUGAUGCGAGUACUCUCCCGACUCUCAAUGCACCCGCCGCUGAGUCUGGGGUCUCGGCCCCUGAGGCGCCCCCUGUGGAGCAGCCAUCGCAGGAAUCGGAGGCGAAGGAGGAAGACCAGGGCCCGUCGCUGAUGAUUACAUUACUUUUGACGUCUGGUUCGCGGCAUCCGUUCAAGAUCGAUGGAAAGUAUCUCCAAAAGCGGUCAGUGAAUGUGGAAAACAACGAUCCUUUUGCUAUGAGCGUCUACACGCUCAAGGAAUUGAUCUGGAGGGAAUGGCGACAAGGUAUGUAUGGGCGCAGACAGCUAUCAAAAACCGGGCCGCGUGAGAUCAACUAA